AUGCAACGGUGGUCGGGCGUUAUUUUCAUUACGCUAUGUUGUUUGCUUCGUGAAGCGUCCGCAUAUACCGAGCCAAUCUAUGAGAUCGUCGAAGACGACAUACCAGCAGAGGAUAUUGAAGUGACUCGAGGAAACGAGAAACAAGACGGUCGGGUCUUCAAUAAACGAGACUUCGAUGGGGCGAUGCCAGGUGUGUUGCGCUUCGGAAAGCGUGGAGGUGUUUGGGAGAAAAGGGAGAGCAGCGUGCAGAAAAAGGAAAUGCCAGGAGUGCUUCGCUUCGGAAAACGUGCCUAUUUCGAUGAGAAGAAAAGUGUUCCAGGAGUUCUCCGUUUCGGAAAACGCUCAUACUUUGACGAGAAGAAAAGUGUUCCGGGCGUUCUUCGUUUCGGAAAACGUGACGUGCCAAUGGACAAACGGGAGAUCCCAGGAGUGUUGAGAUUCGGAAAGAGAGAUUACACGGAGGAGAUGUUUGACAAACGCAGCGAAGUGCCCGGAGUUCUUCGGUUCGGAAAGCGCGAUGUUCCCGGAGUUUUGAGAUUUGGAAAACGAUCUGAUUUGGAAGAGCAUUACGCUGGGGUUUUGCUCAAGAAAAGUGUCCCAGGAGUUCUCCGCUUCGGACGCAAAUGA